AUGCCGUCGACUCCUCAUAAAAAAACACUGCCCGUUUCUUUCCUCUGGACCUUUAGCAUUCUGCUCGUUUUACAUCUUACAUCCGCGUCGUUUCGCGUGAUUGACGACUGUGACGAGGUAUACAAUUAUUGGGAACCGUUGCACUAUCUGUUAUAUGGGUAUGGUCUUCAAACAUGGGAGUACUCUCCCGAGUACUCCAUUCGCAGCUGGUUCUAUGUUUUACUGCAUGCUAUUCCAGCGACUGUAGCUAAAACUAUGGGUCUUAGUCGUCUCCAUGUCUUUUAUUUUGUCCGUGGUGUUAUGGCCUGCUUUUCAGCCUUCUGUGAAGCUACCCUUGUUCAAGCCGUUGCAAAGAACUUUAAUCGUGCUGUGGCCCUUCAUCUUACGUCCAUUCUAUUUGUCAGCUCUGGCAUAUGGGUUGCCAGUACUAGCUUUCUCCCGUCGUCCUUUGCCAUGAAUAUGGUCACUUUAUCUUUAUCCGCCCAGUUAAGCCUUCCUUCUACCAGGCGUACCGUAAAAGUACUUUCGUUCGUCGUGAUUGGUGCAAUUUUGGGCUGGCCAUUUUCCGCUGCCUUGUCGAUUCCAUUUGUUCUUCUCGAACUUAUGGAUAUCAGGCGCCAAUUUGUACCUUUGAUCACCCGCUGGCUGAAAGCUGGUUUGGUUUGCCUUCUGAUUGCAGGAGUUUGUAUAGCCGUGGAUUCUUUCUUUUAUCAGAAGUUCGAAUUUGUAGCUUGGAACAUUGUCAAGUACAAUGUCCUCGCAAAAGACGGCCGUGGCCCCGACAUAUAUGGUACUGAACCUUGGUGGUAUUAUUUUGCAAACUUAACUCUGCAACACAAUAUCGCCUUUUGGUUUGCUUUAGCAUGUGGUCCUUUUGUAUUCAUUGCUGCUCUCACCAAUUGGAUUAAUUUAGACUCUUUCCUUGAUCUUUCCUCUGUCAUUUCCCCAUUUUAUCUGUGGUUGCUAAUUUUCCUUUUACAGCCUCAUAAGGAAGAGCGUUUUAUGUACCCCAUUUAUCCUGUUCUUUGCUUAGCUGGUGCUGUCGGAUUGGAUAUGUUUAUUAAAAUUAGCAUGAACCUUUACACAAGUAUGACACGUAAAGCUGGCUCUACGUUUCCCGUCCGUAUUCUUGUCCUCAGUAUUUACGCUCUCAUGGGAUUCAUCAGUAUUGCCAGAAUUUUGGCUGUCCAAAAUUACAAUGCGCCGAUGGUCGUAUAUCCUGCCCUUAGAUAUCUAAAAGCUUCUGAAAGCCCCAUUAUGAAUGUUUGCGUUGGUAAAGAAUGGUACAGAUAUCCUUCUAGUUUCUUCCUUCCUGAAAACGCUCGCCUCAAGUACGUAAAGAGUGAGUUUGAUGGGAUCUUGCCCGCUGAGUUUAAGGAAGACAACGGUACGAGCUGGUGGAAUCGUCCUGGCUAUUAUGAAACCCCUAUGUAUAUGAACGACUUGAACAAUGAAGAACCUACUCGUUAUGUCUCUUUGGAAGAAUGUGACUUUUUAAUAGAUUCCGAGUUUACAUACUCGAAGCCAACCAAACAUGAGUUGGUGUAUUCAAAGGAGCCUGAAUGGAAGGUUUUGUUUAUGUUUCCUUUUAUUGACACGAAGAAUACUCCAUUUUUGGGAAGAGCCUUGUCAGUUCCUUUCACCGAUCCGAAAUGGGGUAGAUACGAAGUGCUUACACAAAAGCCCGUGAACAUUACAUUGCCUUGA